GGAAGUGGCCACCCUAGAGAGCCCCCAGCUUUCUCUGCUCCCUGAAUCACAGUGCGACACUGGCUGUAGGCACCACAGAAGGGGCCCCAGGUCUGAAGACUCGGGGAGCAGGGAGAAAUCAAAGUGGGGUGCGUCCCUGGCUUCACUUCUGUUAGGUGCUGGGUAUCAGGAGUUCUUCCCACAAUUCAAGAAGAAACUCCUGCUGCUCUUCCACAUACUUUAUCCUAGAAAAGAGCACUUUUUCCACUGGCAGAAGAGACUUCCACUGGUGAAAGAAGGAGGUUUUCCCUGCUAGCCCCAUGUCUGUACUGCCGGGGAUUCAUCAACAUCUCCCACCCUGACUUUUCAUGCAAGAGAAGAAAGAAUACCUCCUCUAGAACCUCCUUUUGGGAAAAGGAGAAGGGAACUCACCUGUCUUUAUUUUAAAGGUCUGGAGAUUUGUUUCAACCUGCCCUUGUGAAUGGGCUGCCUGGUGUUUCAAAAUCUCAAGUCCUCUCUGAAGAGCUGGAGAAUCCAGAGAAUAAAAGCCUGGAGUUCAACAGCGUGACAAUGGCACAGAAAUCCAUCAGAACAGGGCAAAUUCUUCACAAAGACAGCACAGAGCCAGGUUGCCCCGAAGACCAUGAACUUGUCUUCUGAACACUGCAAUAUGUCAGAUUGGCUGAGGCUGGAAGCAACCGUGAAGGCCUCCGUGUACGUGGUGGCUUUCUCCUUCGCCACGUUCAUCACGGUCAUCAUUAUCGCCAUCGUAUCACAGAAUUCAAAACUGAGGAAAGAGGUUCGAUACAUCCUUCUCUGUCACCACCUGCUGUGCAUCUCCUCCUACUGCGGCCUGGGGGUGGUUUUCCAAGGGAUGCGAGCCUUCCUGGCCAACAGCCCUGUCCUGGUAUGCUGGGUGGUGUUUGGGGCACAGCUGAGUGUUGGAGAAGGGAUCCUCUUCACGCUGGCCUUGAUGGCGGCCCACACGUACCUGGUGAUCUGCUGGCCCUUGACAUCUGUGUCCUUUGUAGAUUCCGUUAAGUAUAAGAUUCUGUCUGGGACUUGGCUCAUCAUUAUACUGAAGAAUGCUUGCCUCUUCCUCAUAGAGGGCACUGGCCCUACGCAGAUUGCUCUUUUAAAAUCUGAGCCCCUUUGCCCAGUGGUCUUGAAUGGCAUUCCUGCUAGAGCCACUGGCAUGGUUUUCCUUUUCCUUCUUCUGUCUAUCAUUCUUAUAAGUUACUCCCUGAUAUACAAAGAAGGGAAACGGACUGGCCACUUUAAUAGGUCAAAUAUCAAAGCAAGGAAAACCGUCCUUAUUCAUUUAGUGCAAUUGGGCCUGCACGUAAUACCAACUCUGUUAUUCAUUGGUUUGGGAAAGAUGUGUGGAGUGUUUUUCUUUGCUUUAAAUCUGGUGCUUUUUGGAGUCUUUGCCUUUGCCCAGUGUUUUAACCCUCUGAUCUACGGGCUCUGGAACAGAGAGUUGAAAAGCAGAUUACACUACUGGGUGUGCUGUCAGCUGUGGUGUGGUCACUGUGGUGUGACCAGCAGAGUGUCAGUUUAAAUAAAAAUUCAGCCAUUUUGAAUCAAUAAUGCUAGUCCUAAUGGACCACCAUUAGGACAACCAGUUAGGGUUGAUGCCUCAACCUAAAAUUGAUGCCUUGAUUUGAUUUUGAGAGUAAUAUGAGUAAAUCAAAUUUAUCCAUCUGACUUACAAACUUUGACUACUGUGUCCACUGAAUUGGACUCAGAGAAAUCGUUUUAAGUCUUUAAUUCUAUACCCAGAUUAGCAUUUUGGGUAGCAUGCCUCGGUGUGUAUCAGGAGUUGAGCAGUUUUUUUUUGUGAAUGCACUUGUUUUUAGAAACUAAGAAACAGACCAUGGUUGAUAGGGAGAGAAGUUUGGCUGUUUCACGUAUAUUAAGUAGGGGUAGGUUUGGCUACAUGGCAGCAACAAAAUGAGAGUGACUUUAAAAAGUUAGAGGUUGAUUUUUUUUCUUAUGUAAAAGAAGUCUGGAGCUGCACAAUCCAGGCCUAUGUGGUAACUCUGUAGGCCGCAGAGAUGAUUAGUGUACUACCUCAUGACCCAGGAUGGCUGUUAGUGCUCUUGUCAUCACAUUCACACUCCAGCCAACAGGAAGGAGGAAGGGACAAAGAAGUCUCUGUACCUUCCUUCUAAAGACACUUUUCAGAAGUUACAAAACAUUUUUUUUUACAUCUAACAGGCUAAAUUUUAGUCAUUUGGCUACGACCUAGCUUUAAGGGAGAGUAGUAGUGUAGCAGUGUUCUGUUAAAAGUUAGGUUUCUUAAUACUAAGAAAAUAAAUAGGAGGAAAUAUUGGAUAAAAAAAUUAUUUCAGGGACCAUUUUUCUCUUGACCAAAUAAAAUACAAAGAAAGACAAUGGAUAGAUUAUGAUCAUUACAAAAAUAUACUCUACCUUUUAAAAUGAUACAUAGAUACAGAGUUAUCUGUUCUGGAUCCCAGAAAAUUUUAACUGUAUUAUGUCAAAAAGAAUGGCAUCAAUAAAGAGAUCACUGAACUGGUUUAAACAUGGGAACUCAUAAUUUAAGUCAAAGUAAGUUUGGGGCCGCAGUAUGAAAUAACUUCUUUCACAGAAGUCUCCAUAUGAUAUUUCUUUAGAUAAAACACCCAUUUCUGAAUCAGUCAGGAGUCAGUCCUAGAAACAGGAAUCGUUACCAUAAGUAUAUUGCCCCAUAAACAUUUAAUACAGGAAUUGGAUGCAUACAAAUCACUGAAAAGGGCUAGGGAGUGGAAAUCAGGGGACAACAUUUGUGGAUGUCAGGAGCAAACCAAUGCAGCUGCAACCUGGAGGUCAGGCAGGUGUUUCUACCACUGCCUGCCCCUCUUCGCCCUGUCUCCUCAUGUUACUCAUGACUGUGUGACUUUGUCUGGGGGAGAAACAGCAACAGGAAGAUGGCCUCCACCUCCUCCAUCUUCCAAAUCUCAUGUGAUUGGCUCUAACUGGUAGAAUUUAACUGGCAUCCAGACUCUAAGAACAAAGGAGUCUGGGAAAUGUAGUUCCUAGUUUCACAGAAUUGGUAGUACAGAAAGGCACCCUGAAAGGUGUAUAAAUGAGGAUUGAAUGGUCCAAAUCAUGGGCUCCACCAUUAUGAUAUUUAUAUUUUCAGGUAACAAAACAACAACAAGGAUAACAGAUGCCAUGUAUUGAGCAAUUCUUAUGCUCCUGAUAUUAUUAUGGAAGCUCUUUUAUAUACACUAUGUCAAGUCCUCCCAACAAUUUUAUAAUGUAGAGAUUAUUAUUCCUGAUUUACAAAUGAGAAAAACUGAGGCUUAUAAAGGUCUUACAGGAGCUUAGGAGGUCAGGACCACCCCUUUAAAUUUCCAUACACAUGACUUGACUCAGGGUGAUCAUUUCAUCACUGUUGAGAGCUGGACCUGUUGCUUGGGAAAUUGGGGCCUUGGUUCUCCACUUUGCUUUGGGUGUGGACCGCUGGCUUGUAGAAAAGAGCUCCAUUUUACUGAUUGUUUUGACUACACUCUACAUCCUUAGGCUGCCCAUGGUUUCAGAUCCUAGCGGUUUCUGAAUCAUGUCUGGACUCCAUUUUGGCUUCCAGUUCUUCUUUUGUCCUCUGGGUAUUCAUUCUAAGUUUUCCUUCUUCCUCUAAGAAUAGCUCUGAGACUUCAAAGCACCACCUUCUCUUUCGCUUGUGCAGUUCUCCUCCAGGGCAGGCGCAAGUCUCUUACCUUUGUCUCCCAGCACCCAGUAUAGAGCCUGAUAGAUGGCAGAUCUCAACAAAUGAUAAACUGGACUCAUCAGUCAGUAAGACAUGCCUUUGUACAAACUCUCCCCACAAAACCACAAAAACCAAGUUGUUUCUUUGUUUUUGUUGAACUAUUAAGCAAUCUGAGAGCAGAAAGAGGAAGAAAAACUAAAAAAUUGUCCAGGCUUAACUUAAUUGUGAGGCCUAAAUCUAAUACUCACAAUUCAAUUUAUCCUCAGAACUUUUAAAACUGUUUUCUAAUAUCGAAAGGUAACUUCUACUUGUACCACUGAUCAUGAGAAUGGUUGUUUUAUACUUUUAAAUGUAAAUCAUUGCUUUUUAAAAUUAAAUAUUUUGAAUUGGGAAAGUAUAGUAUAAAAUUCAAAAGGCUCAAAAUGGUAUUUAGUGAAAAUUAAGUCUUCUUUGGGCUUCCCAGGUGGCGACAGUGGUUAAGAACCCACCUGCAAACGCAGGAGAUGGACCCUGGAGGAGGGCACAGCAACCCACUCCAGUAUUCUUGCCUGGAGAAUCCAAUGGACAGAGGAGCCUGGAAGGCUACAGUCCAUAGGAUCACACAGAGUCAGACACAACUAAUGCAACUUAGCACACAAGCAUACGUCUUCCUCCUCCCCAUUUUUUGAUAUCUUCCUUCUCUUCCAAGAGUCAACAGCUGAUCAGUUUCUGAGCUUUCCUCAAAAGAUGAUCAAUGAAGGGGAAAUUAUUGAGAAUUUCUCAUUUGUAAGAUAAUUUUGGUUUUCACUUCCUGGACUUGCAUUUGAAAGUUGUUUAAACUGAUAUUAAGGAUGAUAGUUUAUGUCAUGAAUGACAUCAGCAAUUAUGCUUCCCAUAAUGUGAAAAUUCUUUGAGAAACUUAAGCUUGGGCAAGAUACAGAGGAAAGGGGAGAGGCUGACGUUAUUUGCGUUGUUUGAGAGUACCUGUAAACUGUUCCUUUCCCUUAUAGACGUGGUGCCAUUAUAUUGAGUUUAAAGUCAGGAAGGAUAGGAGUUUAGGGGAAAUGUUCAAAUAGCUCUAAAAAGCAAAUUACUGAAACAAAAAUGAAUUUAUCAAAAUUCCCGAGUUCUUGGAAACAUUUCAUUUAUUGCAACUGUUACCAUAUUAUCACGGCAUGAAACCAUUUCUGGCUUAACUAUAGAUAUGCUGUAUAAACACACUGCCUUAUAUGUAGAUAUGCUCUAUAAACACUUAUUCUAAAAAUGAA